AAGAGUAUAAAUAACGGCGCGAAGGCUCGUCAUGAAGAGAGCGGGGUCUUCGGCGGUUAGGAGAGAAGCUUUCCCUCAGAAUGACCCUGAACCGCAGCGCCCGCCUGAGCGUCCUGGACUGGCGGCGCGGGAGCACGCCCUUCGCGGCCCAGCAGCUUCAGCACCAGGCGGCUCUGCACCGGCGCAGCAUGCCGGUCGACGAGAGGGAGCUCCGCGCGGCCCCCGAAGAAGAGGAAGCAGCAGCGGAGGAAGGGCGGCGCCAGGCCUCGGGCUCCUCGGGCUCGCUGGCCUCCUCCUCGGCCUCCUCCUCAGGCAGCGACGCGGAAGGGCGCCUCCACAAGGUGCUGCUGCUCGGCGCGCGCGGCGUCGGGAAGAGCAGCCUCGCGCGCGUCUUCGGCGGCCUGGAGGAGGGGCCUGAGGCGGAAGAAGCCGGCAAUACAUAUGACAGAUCCAUUGUUGUUGAUGGUGAAGAAGCUUCUCUGGUGGUGUUUGACAUAUGGGAGCAGGAUGAUAGCCAAUGGCUCCAGAAUCACUGCAUGAAAAUGGGGGAUGCUUACAUUAUUGUGUACUCAGUGACGGACAAAGUUAGCUUUGAGAAAGCUUCUGAGCUACGCAUUCAGCUGCGAAGAGCAAGGCAAACGGAAGAUAUCCCUAUCAUCCUUGUAGGAAAUAAAAGCGAUCUUGUCCGAUCACGGGAAGUCUCUGUAGAUGAGGGACGCGCCUGUGCUGUCGUCUUUGAUUGCAAAUUCAUUGAAACUUCAGCUGCUCUGCAUCACAAUGUCAAGGACCUGUUUGAAGGGAUUGUCCGGCAAAUCCGGCUACGCAAAGACAGCAAAGAAGACAAUGCUCGACGGAUGUCCAACACGAAAAGAAGGGAAAGCAUCAGCAAAAAGGCCAAGCGGUUCCUGGGGAGAAUUGUUGCAAAGAACAAUAAGAAAAUGGCAUUUAAGGCCAAGUCCAAGUCCUGCCACGACUUGUCAGUGCUUUAAAAAUAGCUUUUGCUUUUUAGACCAGAUGCUGUGUAUGUGGGUUGUGAAUGUGCCUGACUGUUAGGAAUGAAGGGGGAAAACAGACCGUGAGCACAAAGCUACACAGCGGGAGAAAACAAAAUCUCCUUCAUGCCUUAUGGUUCCUCAAACCAAGCCUUGGAAAUAAGCUGACUGUGUCUUCAUUGGUUACCAGUUUAUAAGCUUCAUAUGUGUGUGCAAGCAACUGAACUAAUUUCAAAUUCAGCAGCUUUGUAUGCCUACAUUCUCAAUGUGUAUAUUUGCAGACUGUCCUGUUUGGACAUCAGGAGAAAUGCCAGAAUGAAUGAUGUGACAUAAAAUAUGGGGGGAAAGUAUCACCGGAAACAUGUCUCCUUUGCAGAGCAAAACUUGAAUACUUGUACGCAGGCUCGUACACCUUUCUCUUUGAUACAUAUAUCUAUAUAUCUAUAUUAUAAAAAUAAUCUUUUAAAAACUAAAUGUGGGCUGGAGGGAUGCCAUUCAAAGUGCAAUUGGCUCACUGGGGAAAAAAAUCAAAUACAGUAGAGUCUCAUUUAUCCAACAUAAACGGGCCAGCAGAACGUUGGAUAAGCGAAUAUGUUGGAUAAUAAGGAAGGAUUAAGGAAAAGCCUAUUAAAAAUCAAAUUAGGUUAUGAUUUUACAAAUUAAGCACUAAAAUAUAAUGUUCAACAACAAAUUUGGCAGAAAAAGUAGUUCAAUACGCAGUAAUGCUAUGUAAUAAUUACUGUAUUUACGAAUUUAGCACCAAAAUAUGAUGUAUUGAAAACAUUGACUACAAAAAUGUGUUGGAUAAUCCAGAACGUUGGAUAAGCAAGUCUUGGAUAAGUGAGAUUCUACUGUAUAACUUUUGACAUUAAUUUGCACUUUCGUUAACUGUUUAACUUGUUACUUGUUUACAUGCAGAUUUUUAUAAUAAAGUAUUUCUGAUGAUUUCAAAAA